AUGGGAAGACUGAUCGAAUUUCUACUUCAUAUUCGUACGUUUCUUGAGGAUGAUAAUGGCGGAUUCCAAGAGGAUCAUUCACAGGAUUUCCAGGAUUUCUCCGUUUGGCCAGAGUUUGUAUUCGGAUCCCAUCGACACCGCAACAACGUUGCCCGUCGUUUACUCGAAGCCGGAUGGCUCGAACAACGCGGCCUUGAAACGAUAUUGGAUCACGCUUUCUCCCAAUCGAACUUGAUUAUAGAAUAUGAGAAGAAGAAGAAGAGUCGAUAUAGUAAGGGAUUCAACAACGUGAUAAGGAUAAUAUUUUCAGUUAAAAAGUAUUUGAGUCGGGAACACGAUGAUGAGUUAGCGACAGCAAUGGCUAUGGAGUUGUCGAUGCAAGAAGCUCCGAGGUUCGUUCCGGCGACGGAAGAAUCGAUCAAAGCUUUGAAGAAGGUGAAGUUUGUUGAAGGUUAUGGCGAGGGUAUCGAGUGCAUGAUUUGCAUGGAGAAAUUAGUGCAGUCCAAAACGGAGGUUGUAACUUGUAUGCCGUGUUCUCAUCUCUUCCAUGGAGAUUGUAUCCACAAGUGGCUGAGUACCGGUCAUCACUGUCCAUUGUGCCGCUUCUCGAUGCCGACUGAUGACGGAAAACAUUAG